GCCACGCCACCCACUGCCUGGGCUGCCUCCUCCUUCCCGCUUCCCUCGUCAACCAAAUCAACUCGCCUCGUCUCGUCUCCUUCCGCCAGCGCUCCCCAUCGCCACGCCACGCCGCGCGCACCGCCCGCCCGCCCGCCUCGCUCCCCGAAAUCUCUCUCGCCGGCCGGCCCUCGCUCGCGCGCGCGCCGGGGCGUCACUCCGAUCCCGAAUCGAUCGCCCCGGACCUGGACCUAGCCCUCACACCACCGGCCGCCGCCUCGAUUCGAUCGGGGGACCCGCGGGGAAGCGAGGCCUCGAUCGCGGCGGGGGACCCGAUGCCCCGCCCCCGGGCCCCUCCGGCGGGUUCGGAGGAGGCAUGAGCCGGCGGGGACCCGCCCGGAGCCGCCAGCCGCCAUGGACGCCACCGCGCGCCCUGCCAUCGUCAUCGACAACGGCACGGGGUAUAGCAAGCUUGGAUUUUCUGGUAACUCUGAGCCGUCUUUCACUCUCCCUACUGUCGUAGCAGUGAAUGAAUCUUUUCUAGACCAGAAAGAGCUGUUGAGUAGUGCAAACUGGAUAGCACAGUAUAAUGCAGGCGUCAUGGCUGAUCUCGAUUAUUUUAUUGGAGACGAGGCUCUAUCGCGUUUAAGAUCUAGUGGGCUGUACACUUCAAGAAGUCCAAUUCGUCAUGGUCAGGUUGAUGACUGGGAUACAAUGGAGAGAUUUUGGCAGCAAUGCAUUUUCAAUUAUCUGCGUUGCAAUCCUGAGGAACAUUAUUUCCUCCUUACGGACAGUCCUGUUGGUUCACCUGAAAGUCGUGAAUGUACAGGAGAAAUAAUGUUCGAGACCUUCAAUGUCCCUGGUCUAUAUAUAUCUGUUCAAUCUGUCCUCAGCCUUUCUGCUGGAUAUGCCUAUCUGAAAAGUAUUUCUGAUGAAAAUUCAGAUCCUUUGUCUGAUAUGACAGGUGUAGUUGUUGAUAUUGGGGAUGGUGCUCCACACAUUGUGCCAGUUGUAAAUGGCUAUGUAAUUGGGAGUAGCAUAAAGUCUUUUCCUUUUUCCGGGAGUGACGUAACUCAGUUUGUUUUGCAGCUGUUACAGGAAAGAGGUGAGCUUCUGCCAGCUGAGGAUUCUUUAGAUAUAUCUCGCAAGGUGAAAGAAAUGUAUUGCUAUACUUGUUCAGACAUUGUCAAGGAAUUUAAGAAGCACGACAAGAAGCCUGAUAAGUACAUCAAACAUUGGUCAGCUAUUAAACCAAAGACUGGGGUACCAUAUACAAUUGACAUCGGAUAUGAGCGCUUUCUUGGCCCAGAGAUCUUCUUCAAUCCUGAGAUUUACUCUGCUGAUUUCUCCACUCCUUUACCUGAAUUGAUUGAUAGCUGUGUUCAAUCUGCACCAAUUGACACGAGGAGAGCUCUGUACAAGAAUAUAGUAUUAUCUGGUGGAUCUACCAUGUUUAAAGACUUCCACAAAAGACUCCAGAAUGAUAUAAAGAAGAUAGUAGAUGAUCGUGUUGCUGCAACUAAUGCCCGCCAUCGUGUGGAAGUGAAACCUAUUGAAGUCAACGUGGUUGCCCAUCCUAUACAGAGCUAUGCAGUUUGGUUUGGGGGUUCAGUAGCUGCAUCUACCCCAGAAUUCUAUGAGUAUUGCCACACAAAGGAAGAGUACGAGGAACAUGGAGCGAGCAUAUGCAGAACAAGCCCAGUUUUCAAAGGAAUGUACUGAAUUUCUACACAUCACAUCUUCCAGUAGGAGCUCAUUUAGGUUUCUUCGAAUAGAAUAUAGCCAAUUUUGAUUCUUUUUGACCCAUCCCAACCAUUAUCGGGCCAUCCUGAUAGAAUUGUAGCGUUGUUUGUAGUUGUCUGUUCUGUAUUGCCUGUUGUGUAUAGCCAACAGCUUGGUUCCUGUUCGAGGUGCAUGAUUGUAGCCAGAACCUUGGACAGUUGGGAGGAAAUAUUGGUUUCCUUUUCUAUUAGUUUGUCCAGGCAAAUUUAUGAAUUUUUGUUAAUAAGGAAUCAGGUUAAAUUUUGGAAACUGUUGAUGACCACCGCGUGUGGGCUGGAAUCCAUUGAUGGAUGAAGAUC